AUGAUUUCGGUCGAACAGCCUAAAAACAUUGUUAUUGUCGGAGGCGUUGCCGGUGGCAUGUCGUGUGCCACUCGGCUUCGUCGUCUAGAUGAGAAAGCAAAUAUCAUUGUCCUGGAAAGGGGCAAGUAUGUCAGCUACGCCAACUGCGGAAUCCCGUAUGCUUUGGGAAAUGUCAUCAAAGACGAGGCCAAAUUGCACGUUCAAACAAGCGAGAAGAUUGCAAGCUGGUUCAACAUUGAUGUGAGGACUGAGGUCGAACUUGUAGCGAUUGACAGGCCAAACAAAGUCAUCCAUGUCAAAUGCGUCGGGAACAAGAAUGGCAAGUUGCACUGCGACAUCGAAAACAUCAGCUACGACAAGCUUGUGCUGGCCCUCGGCGCUGACGCUUUCAUACCACCCAUGAAGGGCAUUGAUUCGGAACAUGUUUUCACGCUUCAAACUAUUCCAGACUUGGAGCAGAUUCAGUCAUAUAUUGCAACACACGGGUGUCGGAACGCGGCAGUCAUAGGAGGGGGAUUUAUAGGCCUCGAAGCCGCGGAAAAUCUUCGAUUGCUGGGCCUGAACGUCACGAUCCUGGAAUACUUGCCCCAUAUCUUCCCACCAGUCGACCAUGAUAUGGCCGUGCCUUUGCAAAAGGAAAUGGAACGCAAUGGAAUGCGCCUCCUUUUGAACGCCCGCAUUACCGAGAUCACACCAACGGGAUCUAAUAAGCCCAGCCAGAUUCUGCUCAAUGGGACUGAUCCGGUCGAGGCAGACCUCAUCAUUGUGAGCGUGGGAGUGCGUGCGCGAACCGCUAUUGUCGAGGAUGCUGGCAUCCAGAUUGGUAAAUCAGGUGUCAUCGUGAAUGACACAAUGCAAACAUCCGACCCCGACAUCUACGCGGUAGGGGACAUGGUCGAAACUCCACAUUUGGUGUCCGGACAUCCGGUCAGAAUCGCCCUGGCCGGUCCUGCCAAUCGUCAGGGGCGUCUCGCCGCUGAUAACAUUUGCGGACUGAGUGCCAACUAUCGCGGGAAUGUCGGCACGGCGGUUUGCAAAGUCUUCGAUUUAACCGUCGGCGUGGUGGGGUUGUCCGUCGAGGCAUUGAGAUCCAUGGGGCGCGGGGACAAAACAAAAUAUCUGACCAUUCAUCCUUCACACCAUGUGGGAUAUUAUCCUGGGGCCGAGCCGAUGGUUUUGAAGGUCGCUUUUGAAGCGGAUUCGGGUCGUUUGCUCGGAGCACAAAUCGUCGGCAAGCAAGGAAUUGACAAGAGAACAGACGUGCUCGCAAUGGCAAUUCGUGCUGGUAUGAGCGUCGAAGAUCUGGAACAUGUUGAGCUUGGUUAUGCUCCCCCAUAUGGAGCGGCAAAGGAUCCAGUCAACAUGGCAGGCUUUGUGGGCGGCAACAUAUUGAGAGGCCUCAUGCAACCAGUCUAUGCUGAAGACCUCGUCAAGGAAGUCUGUUUCGAAAGCGGUGAUGGCACUCAAGAAAGACGUUUGCCCAAAAAGUACCAGGUCGUCGAUGUGCGCACCCCUGAGGAGUUCUGCAAGGGUCAUUUGAUUGGUGCUGUUAACGUUCCACUCGAUACCCUCCGGAGAUCAUUGCAUCUGAUGGACAGAAGCAAGAAAAUCUUGGCAUAUUGCCAGGUAGGAUACCGUGGUUAUCUGGCAUACCGUAUCUUGAAGCAGAACGGGUUUGAAGCUGUCAACCUGAAUGGUGGCUUUAAAGCUGUCUGUGUUGGAGGGUAUGAUUCACUAAUCGAUUAA